CUUCGAGGACCUGCCCUACGCGUGAGGAGAUUUGAGGAUGCUCUCUGUGCGGACACUUCCUUGAGGUCGUUAUGCAGCUAGUUGGUCAUGUGAAUUGGGGGACUGAGAGAACCAUGAGCUCUUUAUGCAGCUGACUGCUCAUGUUAAUCAUCAGAGGACUGAGGGGACCAUGGUGACAGGAGUUGGUCGAAUGCUGCCGUUGUUGUCCACUAACACAGUGUAGCCACUGCUCUUGCACAAGGGCCGUGGAGAAAAAAAAUGGCUUCCCGACGUCUUCUCAAGUCAGAGGGCCUUUCUAUGGCCCGAUGCAUCUGCGAGAAAUUUCUCCAUCUUCACUUUGCGCAUUCGCGAUCGUAUAUGACAACUGCCGCCAGAUUAGGUGCGUCUUCGAGGAUUUCUCCUUGUUUGCAGCCUCCUCCGAUAUUGAGUCCCAUAGUCAUUGCAGCAGCAAGAAGGGUGCUACGGUCCGUAGGUGAGGGCGGCGUUCCUCUCACACGGGUCGGCAACCGACAUUCUACAUUUUGGUCACAUUCGCAACUGUCCCGACGAGCACCGUUGUACAGGGAAGAGGCCAGCAAGCUUGAUAUCGAUGGAGGAGAUCGAUUUGCGUCUCUGUUGCGAGAGAUGAACCGGAUGGAGCAGUGGGAUGCAGUGAUAAGGCAGUUUGAAGCUGCGCAGGCCUGGAAUCAGGCUGCUCUCUCUGAGUACAUCAAGGCGCUUGUACGGUCCAACAGGCUGAAUGAGUCGGCUCUCAUGCAAACGCUUUAUCAUGGUGCCUCUGCAAUGGCUGCAGGCGUUGGUGGAAUGCGAGGGGGGAUGAUGGGAGCAGGAGGUGGUGGUGGUGGUGGUGCUGCUGCUGUUGGAGUGCCACUAGGUGCGGCCGGCGCAGUUCUCGAAGACGGGACUCUUCUCGGCUCCUCGAAGAGCCCAGUUCAUGUCGUGACAGGCGAUGGCGGGUUCAAAGCGCAGAUGUGGAGGACGCUGCGAACGCUGGCUCUUGGGUUCCUCCUGCUUUCGGGGCUAGGUGCGUUGAUUGAAGAUCGGGGAAUCGGGAAAGGGCUUGGGCUGAAUGAGGAGGUACAACCGAGCAUGGAGUCGAACACGAAAUUCGCCGACGUCAAAGGGGUAGAUGAGGCAAAGAACGAACUGGAGGAGAUCGUGCAUUACCUCCGUGAUCCGAAGGUAUUCACCCGGCUUGGUGGAAAGCUUCCCAAAGGCGUACUGCUCGUGGGACCGCCCGGGACCGGGAAGACUAUGCUUGCGAGGGCGAUUGCAGGUGAAGCAGGUGUGCCUUUCUUCUACUGCAGUGGGAGUGAGUUUGAGGAGAUGUUUGUGGGAGUGGGAGCGCGGAGGGUUAGGGACCUGUUUGCUGCGGCGAAGAAGAAGGCCCCCUGCAUCAUCUUUAUUGACGAGAUUGAUGCCAUAGGUGGAAGUCGGAAUCCCAAAGAUCAGCAGUACAUGAAGAUGACACUGAACCAGCUUCUUGUCGAGCUGGACGGGUUCAAAAAGAACGAGGGGGUCAUCGUGAUAGCAGCCACAAACUUCCCAGAGUCUCUUGACAAGGCACUCGUACGGCCUGGGCGUUUCGAUAGGCAUGUGGUUGUGCCCAAUCCCGACGUUGAGGGUAGGCGGCAAAUCCUGGAGGCACACAUGCAAAGUGUUAAGAAGGCAGAGGACGUCGAUCUUAUGAUCAUUGCACGGGGGACGCCAGGAUUCAGCGGCGCUGAUCUGGCAAAUCUGGUGAAUGUGGGCGCCUUGAAAGCUGCCAUGGACGGCAAGAAAAGUGUCGAUAUGGUUGCCCUGGAGUACGCCAAAGAUAAGAUCAUGAUGGGAACGGAGCGAAAAUCUGCAGUUAUCAGCCCGGAAUCGCGCAAAUUGACAGCCUACCACGAGGGGGGGCAUGCACUGGUGGCCAUUCACACGGAAGGUGCUCUCCCCGUCCACAAGGCGACCAUUGUGCCACGAGGGAUGGCAUUGGGAAUGGUUUCCCAGCUUCCAGAUAAGGAUGAGACGAGCGUGUCGAAGAAGCAGAUGCUAGCGCGUUUGAAUGUGUGCAUGGGUGGUCGGGCCGCGGAAGAGCUCAUCUUUGGUGACAGCGAGGUAACGUCAGGAGCGUCGUCCGAUAUCUCGCAUGCUACUCAACUGGCACGAGAAAUGGUCACCAAGUAUGGCAUGAGCGAGCUCGUUGGAUUGGUUUCUCAUAACUACUCUGACGAUGGGAAGAGUAUCAGUCCUGAGACGAGGUUGGCGAUUGAGAGCGAAGUGAGGCGCUUGCUGGAGCAGGCGUACAGCAAUGCGCGAGCGAUUUUGCGGAAAAACGAGCAGCAGUUGCAUGCGCUAGCUGGAGGACUCCUCGAGAAUGAAACACUGACAGGUGUUCAGAUAAAGGCGCUGCUUGCGCAGGUGGAAGCAGUGCCACAGAGCGAAGUCACGGUGACGACCACAGCAGCAGCGAAAGUGGCAGUACCAGGAGGUUCGGUUGCAGGUCUGGGAGCAGGGGGGCGAGCGCCAGGAAGUGGGGGAGGAGGUGGAAACGGCGGUGGCUCUGGAGUGAAACAGGGUGCUCAUGGUACACCAGCACCAGUGCCAGGCGUUGCUGCACCAGCUACGCGAACAACUGCAGUGGCUGCUGGAUGAAUGGCGACAACGUGUCUGUACGCCCUUCAUAUCUUCUGACAACCAGCCUGUGAUCCCUGACGUAAUCGAUGCAGGGAACUGACGCAUGAUCGCCCAACCGCGGGUGUGCAUGGAGGCCUCAGGAAGCUAAAUAGCUCAGCAGCGUGCCUGGCCUGUAAAUUUUUAGAGAGGGGCAAAAUUGCUUCGUUCAUAUGCCUCCAUCAUCGGCUUCGGGUGACAGAUGGCAGGGAUGCCCUGGGAGCUCAAAAUUGCGCAGCGGUCCUUACAGGCUGUGGAGUAGAGAGGUACACCAGCACCUUAUGCCACAGUGUCGUCAUCGCCUCAGCUGUGCACUCACUGGUGACUGAUGUUGUCAUGUGCUUAGCAGUGGGUCAUUUCAGCUUGUUUGUACACAGGCGAUGUGAGCAGCCAGGGGCAUACGUGAGCAGUAAGGGCAAUACGUGAGCAACCCGGGGGCAUAUCAGCAACCGUCACUUGCAUAUCUGACUGAUCCUUGGAAGAUGGUGGGGCCGGAGACUUACAAAGUGGGGCGGCGUCGGGUGCUGAUGUGAUCAUGUACUCAGCAGUGGCUUUUUGGGCAGGUAAUGUGGUCAUGCAGGGGCAUAUUGAGGACAGGCGCAUAUCGAGAAGGGUAACUUUACAAUUAACUGACGCUUGAAAAACCACCGCUACCUCCUGAAACCCCCGUCGGCCACCUGAAAAACCGAGCGAAUCCUAUCUUCGGAUAGUCAGAGGGUAACAAGGGUGGUUGUAAGCGGGAUGAUAGUCAAAUAGCUUCGACUGUGGCACUGCAUAUAGGGGGUUCACUCUCCCUGAGGUCGGGUCACAACUUCGAUGCUCUUGUCAUCUGGAUUGGUCUGCAUUGGUGGAUGUGUGACCGUGCGACAUCCUGAAGAGGGCAUGGACUCAUGAGCUGUCUAACGAGAUGCGGAAAGGAAAAGAAUCGUGGUGAGCUGCUGACUGGCGUUGGGCGUCUGGUGUUAGGUUGGUCGGUCGGGUUCGUGGAGCUGCUGCUGUUGCUUAGGAGCCAUGGUUCGUUCCCUCCUCUGUUUGAUUCCAAGGUGUGAAUAAGGCUGUCUAGAGCAGACAGGCAUUUGUAUAUAGUCUCUUAUCUUAGUAUGUCUUCCUGGUAUAGCCUGCUCUUGUCUAGGGCCGUGAGGUCUUUUGUGUGGCCUUAUCUAUAGCUUUUGCUUUUGCCGACCCUGCUGAGGCUCAAACUUCUGUGCUGCCUCCUGGCUCUCUCACUUAACUCCAUUCUCUUCUCUCUUCACUGCCCUGUGAGAGGUUAUCACGGAAGGCGGUUGCUAGAUUCUAUUUGCUGGCUUUUCUGAUCGCUGUGCUCUCUUGACCCGCCAGCUGUUGUCCUUUCUCUUUUGUCCUGGUUUAUCUUCAAGGUUUUACUCACUCGUGGAAAGUCUGGCUAGCACCUGGGGACAGACAACCGUGUGGCUGUUAGACCGUCCAGCGCCGACGCUCCUCUCCGAUUCUAUGUUGCAAAGAUAGCCGUUCUCUUCUCUUGCACUUGCGGUUUCCUUGCGUCCGCCAUUCACUAUAGUCGCCUUGCUAUGCUAUCCUCCUCUGCCCUGAUCUUCUCUCUUGUGCUUUGCUAGUCGAUCGUGCGAGGCGUGCCGUCAUCUCACUGUCACAUGGCCCUGUAAAUACAGCUCAACAAAGCUCCGCCAUAGCUUUCCCGACUCACUCCCGGAUCGCCAGCUUACCGUGUCACUCUGGCGUGCCCUCUUUUCCUCCUUGCUUUUGCUGAACAGCCAGAUCGAGCUCAUGUUUGGGAAGUGGUGGUUAUGGUUUGCUGGUUGGGCAGGGACAACAUAGCAGCACGAAAGAUACACUGAGCGUCCGCCAUAUUGUGCAAUGGACUGUUGUGGGGAGAAAGGGGAGAAGACAGGUAAAGGGGUGUUAUUUACAAGAAGGGAUAGGAGCCUCCACAGUAGAGAAGGGAGGACUGAAAUAGGGUGCAGGCGACGGUUGUUGAGAUAAAGGCGAGGAAGAAAAGGAAAGGGGUGUUGUUUAGAAUACGGCGCCGUAGACCACAGACUCCGUAUAACUCUGGCGAAAGGGGAGAUCGGGGAGUACUGGGCACGAGCAGUCACUAGCAAAUGACGGUCGAUUCAAGUCAAACAAAUUUUUCCCUGCGCA